AUGGAGCUGCUCGAGCUUGUCGAAUAUGAGCCUACUACUAGGCCGUUUCAGUGUGACUGGGAAUCUUGCAACAAGAGUUUCAACCGCAAAUCGGAUCUGCAGCGACACUACCGAAUUCACACAAACGAGAGGCCCUACACUUGCACGACGCCCGGUUGUGGCAAGAGCUUUAUUCAGCGAAGUGCUUUGACUGUGCAUAUCCGAACACAUACCGGCGAGAAACCUCACCAGUGCCAGCACAUUGGAUGCGGGAAGCGCUUCUCCGACUCUUCGUCUCUUGCCCGUCAUCGACGAAUCCAUACGGGUAAACGACCGUAUAAAUGCGCCCAUGACGGAUGUUUGAAGAGCUUCUGCCGAAAGACGACAAUGGUCAAACACCAGAGGCGGUCGCAUCAGCGCGGCCUCCACCCCAACGAUAUUCUUGAUGAUUGCACCUCAGAAUCGGACAUUGGGGAAUCACCUCCUACUCCUGGUCAAGCCAUGGCCUGGCCAAUGCAGGGAGCUAUCACACAUCCUGGUUUAGCCCACGGCCAUCCGAUGCACCGAGCUGCCUCUUUCGCCGAUUUUGGCCAUCAUAUGAACCAGUACGGAAUGGACCAGCAGAUUGGCCAUCGCAACAGUAUGCCUGCUGAGGUUCAUGAAUAUCACACUCAAGAUCCUAGCUUGCAGAUGGUCCAUCGGCCUACCGGCAUGCCUCAACAACCUUACUACGUUAUUGACCAGAAUAAUCCUGGGAUUGCCACCAUGAACACCAAUGUGCCCCAAACCUACCACAUUCCCCGACAGCAUGUUGACCGACCGACGCUUGAGAUGUCAUAUAACGCUGGAAGCAUGACCUCCAUUAGCAGCAGCCCUGCCAGUUUUUCUCCAGCAUCCGGACAGAGCCCUGCCCUCCAGGACGGCAUGUACACUCACCAACCUCCCGCUACGGCCACAUACGGCUUGCAAGACGCGGCCACCGUCGAGUCGCAAAACAGCAUGGUCCCGUAUGCUCAACAAAUGCAGCAAACACAGGGAUCACAACCUUCGAAUGAGUGGGGUUACCAGUACCAACCUCCGGUUGAGGUAGCUACUAUCGGACAGAUUCCGGCUUUCGGCUCUGGGGUUUACGACAUGUACUCCGGGCCCAAGAUCGAAUUCGACGACCCUACCAUGCAGCUUCCUAGCUCGCGAGUUGAGACGAUGUAA